AUGUCACAGAGGCCACAGAGGGCUGCGGCAGUCCAAGCGAUCAAAGCCAACGCAGCAGCUUUAGCACCGCGUCGUCGUAGCGACUCUCAAACAUCUAGCAGAACCAUCACUUCCCCCCACGUCAAGGCCGAAGAUCGUCCUCCUCAAGAGGGAAGAAGCUCUCCAUCGAUGGACGUCAUGAUGCAGAGGUCGAGCCAUCAGGAUCUGCGCAGGAUUGAGGCGAUGGCUGCUUCUGGCGAGUCGAGUUCUUACAACUGCAACUCAAACUCAAACUCAAACAUGUUUCCUAUCUAUUGGUCCGCUCAAGGUGAUCCAACGGCAGCGGGAACAGUUGAGCCUCAGACGAGUCCAGGGUCAGCAUACCAUCCACAGCAGUUCUGGGACGGGCCUGUUCCUGAACAGCACAACCUCUCCUAUCACGAUCACAUUCCCAAUCACGCCGGCUUUGACCUUCACUACGGUUACGAUACACAAGGCAACUCGCUCGGCUUGAAAGCCGACUCUGGUCUUCAUGUUGGUCUGAAUGGCGACAUUGAUCUCAACGCAAGCAUGCAUCGUGAUCAGAAGUCUUUCGAUCCCUCAGAUAGUAGAGACCUCCUUGAUAGCCUUCCUUACACAGCCAACUCGAGCGCCGACAACGACUCGUACGAAGAUAGCACCGACUCUGAUCUCCCUCCAGAGAAGAAGAAGCUUUCAGCCGCUUUCCGACCUCGUGGCCGAAAGAAGCGCAACAAGUGCACACCAGAUCAACUUCGCAGCUUGGAAGCCUUCUUUGAGAAGAACCGCAACCCGACCGGUCGCAUAAGGCAUGAGCUGUCAAGAAGGCUCCGCAUGCCUGAGCGCAGCGUGCAAGUUUGGUUCCAGAAUCGUCGAGCCAAGGUCAAGACGGUUGAGCGUCGAGGCGAUACUGGCUCUGACUCGUGCAAGCAGAAGAGCUGCAGCACUCGCCUCAGCGAGAAAGACACCUACAGACCGGUUGGGUUGAACGGUCGCUCUGCUCGUGAUGCUGCAGAUCAGGUGCCCUCGGUUACUGCGAUCCCUACCUCGGCUCUGUGUAUUGGUUCAUGGCGACGCGUGUCGCCGCUCAUCUGCUUUUUCUCGCGCCGCCUUCAAUCGAUGACUUGGUACCUGACUAGCGAAUCUAUCGGUUUCAAGCUCGAGAUUCCUUGGACUUCGAUCCGCAGCGCAUACUUUGAUGGUCCAACAAGUCCAUCGAUUGCGGAGAGGGCUGAGGGUGUACGUGUCCCGCUGGGUCAGUUUGUCAUCGAUCUCGAACGACCUCCGACGUUCUUCAUGGAGGUGUUCCGAUCUGCUCCCAUCAAGAACGGCACAACCGAGGAGCCCAAGGUGAGCUGGCGUCAGUGCGAAGACUUUACUGAAGACCAUCAGGCGAUGACUGUCAGCAGACACAUUCUCAACGGUCCGUAUGAGGAGCUCAGAAGUGCUGUCGAGGCUCUUGCACGAUGCAACGAUGUUCUACACAAGCUCAUCGAGUUCCGCGACACGAAGCGUCGCGCAACGGGAGAUAUCCCAACUGGAUCAGGAUCGACAGCGGAUAACUUUGGUUUGACGCAUAACUCGGGCGUUCGUCCCAUGGAUCCUCUUGCGUCUCCCUUUGAUGCUUCGACAGCACUUGCAGGAGUUGAUGCUUAUGGCAACCCGAUGCAGAUGCCAAUGCAGUCGGCUGCCAUGUCCAGCACGUCGAGCCUCUCCAAGAGCGCAACUUGGCACAGCUUCCGCGCCGGUCGACCCGGUGUUGAGCCAGGAUGGGAGUUCGACAGUCCUGCCAGUGUUUCGACCAACCUCUCUGAGGCUUCGCUCGACAGCACUCAGCGUCACCAUGUGGGGUACAGCCCCUAUGGAGUAGCUUCCUCGAUCGAGGCCAGCCCAAGGUCAGGUCUGGGAAGCUCGGUGGAUCUGGGCGCGCUACGCCUCGAUUCGGGAGGCAUCUCAAACUUCAGUGCGUCUGUGCCCAUGGGGCCAGAGGGUGCCUUCGAUUCUCGACAUUCUUUCGAGGGUUAUUUGAACCGCCUCAACUAUGAGAUGCCCGCUCCGCCUGUCGAUACGCAGUUUGCGGUGGCGGGACAGGGCGUGGCCAACGGUGGUCAAGGUCAGAGUCAAGGGAUGCAAAGCUCAGGUCUUGACCCUAACUUCGGUAUGGGUCAGCUUGGUACUUACGAUCGCAGUGGUGAAGAUCGCCAAGACUACUCGAGUCAAGCUAACACGGGGGGUCUAGGUAACGGUCAGCACCACGCUGGCAGCUCCAUGCCUGAUCUUUCUCGAACUCAGGACGGGUACCACUUGAACUACGAAGGUCACAACACUUCGCACGACUAUCAGACAGGUGGCUCUUGUUCUCUUUUGAUGUCGAGGCGUUUUUCGCAUGCUGACGCUUCCACGCACGGCGACAACGCCGGCAACUGUCAGGAAAACGACUCUGAUCCCUCGGCUCGUAGACCGUCGCUGGACCAGCGACCAUCGUCAGCAUCACAGCUAGCUCCACCCAACGACAGACUCGCCACUACGUUUGACGAAGAUGCUUUUAGCGGCAAAACGCCCACGCACCGCACUUCGUUCGGUAACAGUCUUCAGCUCAGCCAGAUGAGUGAUGCUCAAGAUGGCUCGAGCAACCGCUACACGGGCUCUACUCUCGUUGCUCCUUCUAAUGGAUACGAGUCGGAUGGCAAAGAGACGGCACAAGGCAGAGCGAGGUCAAACACGUACAAGUCUUCGACCCACGGUGGUCGAGCUGCUGUUCCUUCGCCUCUUGGGAUGCAGAGGUUGGAUAGUGAGCAAGGCAGGCCAGUGUCUUGUUCGGGUGAAGGCGAUCGUGGUGGUGAAGGUGGAGGUAGGUCUCCGCCUGUUGGCAAUAAUGCUACUUCGCCUGGGCUACUUUCGUUAUCAGGUAGGGAUGUCGGUGGUGGUCGUGAAAGAGGGUCUUCUCCUGGCAGCACGACGAAUUCGAAUGGCGAUCGUGCUAACGAUUCGAACUAG